GCUGGUAGUCCCUGGGGAGGGAAGGGAAGAGCAAGGAAGGGCAGGGCAUUCCGGCCGGCCGGGCGGGCUGUGGAGCCAUGGACAAGCUGAAGCGGGUGUUGAGCGGCCGCGACACGGAGGAGCCGAGCGGGCUGGCCGAGGUUAUCGAUGCGACUUCGUUAGGCUGGGGCACCCGAGUGAAAGGUUUCAUUGCGUGUUUUGCGAUCGGAUGCCUGUGCUCGAUCUUGGGUAGUUGUCUCCUAUGGAUACCAAAGAAAGGGCUGGUACUCUUUGCAGUGUUUUAUACCCUGGGGAAUAUUGCAUCUAUUGGGAGCACUAUGUUUCUUAUGGGACCAAUGAAACAAUUGAAGCGGAUGUUUGAGCCUACACGUUUGAUCGCUACUAUUGUUAUGCUAUUGUGCCUCAUAUUAACACUGUGUUCUGCUUUCUGGUGGCGUAAGGCAGGACUCGCGCUGCUUUUCUGUAUCUUACAGUUUUUUGCCAUGGCAUGGUACAGCAUUUCCUUCAUACCUUAUGCAAGGGAUGCUGUGAAGAAAUGUGUUUCAGUCUGUCUGUCCUAACAGACCCUAAUACUGGAUGCCUCACAACGUUCUAGGAAGUUCUAGGUAGAACUGUGUUGAGAUCACUGUGUUGUGUAGUUUCCUACUUCAGUCUUGAACACGUGCCUUUAAGUGCUUGUUAGAAGCUCCUUGUGUUACACCCAGCAUCUGCAGUUGCUUGGGUUUGUAAGCAGUGGUGUCUGUGGGACAGGGGGCUUGUGAUCAAAUGAAAUUCAGUCUGGCAGAAGAACUGGACAGAGAUCUAUAAUUUGUUAUGGUGAUUCUUGCAUAAAUUCAUGCAUUUGGUUUUGCAAAAGUUUCAAAGUAACGUGUGAAGUCUGUAAAACUAAGACCUUGGCUCUGAUGAGACUGUGCCACUUGUUAAGUUGAAAACUGAUUUCUUACCAACAACUUGGGAUUAUUAUUUUUUUUAAAUAGUUUUGUGUCACUUAAUCUUUGCACUGUUAGCAUUGGAUAAUGGAAUAUUGGUAUUCUUUCUUUUCCUAUCUCUCUUGCAAAAUUUUAGGUUUAUGAGACUUCUAAAAGAUGUAAUUCUAAAGGUAAAAAUGGUUGUGGACUAACCAUGAAAUGUUUGCAUCUUUAAUGAAGUAUUUAAUUCUCAGUCUAUACUGAUAGUCUUUCCUUAAAAUAUUUGAAAGGGACAUUUUCAUAAGAAAAAACUUGUUCCUGUUGGAAAAGCACUCAUAAAAUAAGGUCCAUUAAUGUUUUCAGCUACCAGGAACCUGAGUUCUUUUCCUUGCUCAUGGUUGCAAGGCAGGAAGCUGACAUUUUUCACAUGAAGUGAAGUGCUUCUCUUCUCAUCCAGCUAUAGCAUAAGAGCAAUGCAAAGGCCAUAGUAGGCAAGCAAUAAAAGAAUUUAUGUAUGUUCUUUCUCAAAGGACAGACUGGCUGUUGUUUUUAAGAAGCCUGGGUCAGGGAGAAGACAUUUCCUUCUGAACUUGCAAAUAAGUUAAAACUCCAACAUUUCUCUUUGUUUCUUUGUACAUGUAAUCAGUUUUGUUUCUGCUAAAACUCCUGGACACACCAGUGAACUUCUCUGCGUGGAGGAUAAAGCAUAUUCUAUUGCCUGUGGUAGCAAGGAAAGUGUAAAACAAUCCUACUGCCAGCUCCAAACAAGUGCUGAGCAGUCUGUAUCCAUAUUCCAAGGCCACUCUGUUUUCUCUUUAUCUUCUGAGCUACAUAUAAUCAUUUACUCCAGCAUGGUAUUGGUCAGCCUAAUAGCUCAGAUUCAUGCUUCUGCUUUCCCUUUCCCUUUUCCCAAACUGUUUUGCUGGAGCCAGUGUUUAAGAUGAUGGUUUUCCAGUGCACUCACUCAGUUCAGUGGGAGCUGAAGCAUCUCUUCCUCAAUCUGCCAAGAGUUUAGUUGUUUGAGAGCAUUGUGUUCACAUGCCAAGUCUAUUCCUGACUUGUACCACAAAGAGUUUAAUAUAAAAAAACCCUAGAUCUACUUGGCUGUAAAGCAUAAGCUCACAGUGAAGGUAAAUAGUUCUAUGGCUUUGAGAAAAUUACUAAGAAAUUAAUUAAUCCAAAAUCUUAAAUUUAAGUGUUCUUCUGAUAAUUCAUAAAGCUUCAGUACCACCCACCUGUAAGGAGUCUCUAAAAAAAAAAAAAAAUUAAAGAUUCCCUUUUGCAGAUGGUAUGAAAGGGAGAUUUUUGGUAAGCUUUUUGUGGAUUCCAGGUGACCAGAAUUACUGUUGCAAAGGCAUUUGAAUGGAAAAUACUACCUUGGAAAGAUGGCACUAAUAUUGGGAUGAAUCAAUUAUGCAGAUUCAAAUGCUAGAUCCUGAUGCUUUUUUUAUCUCCCAGGAUUUAAAAGUUAGUGGUGAAAUAAAUAUGUUGACUAUUACUCUUCUUGAAAAGAAGAAUUGGUUAAAUGCCCAGGAGAGACUGGGAAUUAAAGAAAACUGAUCCUUCUUUUCCCUGGCUGAUCUAAGAAAAAUGUCUAAACUGAUGUGGUUUUUUUAUCAGGGAGUAAAUUCAAAACCUUAUUUACAUCUGUCAAAGGACCUAUGCCAGUCUUUUCUAGGGACUUUGAUAAUGUUUACAGAAUUCCUCUGGAUAAGGGAAAUAGAAAUGCAACCCUACUGCCUUUUACAUUCCAAUAUUCCUUUAAUUUUAGCAUCUCUGAAUGUCCCUGGAAAAAGCUGCAAGCACAGUAUGCAUUGUUUGUCCUUCCCCUCUCCACUCAGUUAUGUUAAGUCCAAUCAUCAUUCCAGGUUCAGCAGCCAAAAUAACAGAAUUUGACUUUUGGGAUUCUUUUUCUGAUUAUUUCACAUUAGGAGGAGUAAAAGCCUUUUGCUUAUUCCUUGGCUAGCUUGGGCAGGGUUCUGGUAGCCUGACUCUGGCAGUUCUUCUGGAAGAGCAGUACAAUUGGGUAUGGUGAAUGUUAGUUUUUCAAUGUGCAGAGUAGCUAACUAGCUGACUCUUGUGAACACAGCCAAUUAGAAGUAGGAAAUUUAUGAGAAUACCAUUA